GGGUUUGGCCUAGUGGUAAACAGUCUGGUUUUUAAUGCAGAUGGCUUAUGUUUGAUGUUUGAAGUGGUCCUAAAAUGGACUAUAAAACAGAAAGUGUUUAUACCUUGCUCACACAACUCAAGCUACCAAUGUGUACCAAUGGUCUGUGGUGGCUGCUAUGGUGUCUUGGGUUUAACGUUCAAGUGAGUUGGUCAUAUGGAAAAAAAUAGAAAGUGUUUGAUCCUGAGAUGGGUGAACUGUUGCUUGGCAGGGACUAUGGAUUACUUCACAGAAAAUGACAAUUCACCCUUCCACAUCGUUGUUAGCAACGCGGUUGCUAUACAAAUUCAGCCAAUCAGAGCGCGAGUUCGAUUGUCGGCCAUUACCUCCGACAACUUUGUCGGACAUUGACACGAGGGUAAAUACGAACGGCAGUGAAAUAAUGGUGAAGAAGUGCUCCUGGGGAACCAGCAACAGCGACAGCCGAUAUGCAGAAAGAUUGGAGAACGGUGUGACAUUUAAUCCCUUUCCAAAACCCUAAAACCAACCUAGAAACAUGCCUGAGAUGGGUGAAGGCUUGUGGACGACCCCAUUCGCAGCUUAACGCAACAAAUAUAGAUAGACACAAGUUUGUUUGUUCAAAGACACAGCACUGAACUGAGCAAUGAUAUGGAGGAUCCCCAGCCCACUUCAGUCCCAGUUAACACUCCAGACAGUACUGGCCAUGUAGCAGCACCACAGCAAGAACAUGAUCUUGUACAAACUGAUGUCCAAGGAACAUCUUUGGAACUGCUAUCAGCAGCAGCUGAAAUCAAGAGGCUACAACAACAAGUUCAUCAGUCUGAAGUCUUAUUCAAUGAAUACAGAGUGUGGUAUGAACAACAUGAAGCUACAUUGGGAAAUCCUGUAAGUGAUGACAAACCCAAACCACUGACUGUUCAGGAGAUUUUAAAGGAGGAAUCACAGAUUCAAGGAUUAUUUGAAUAUUAUACAGGAUUCAAAUUCUCAACAUUCCAGGCCCUACUUGACUUUCUCACUAUUCAGGCCCAACAACACCAUAAUAACAGGAAAGACAUAGUUAACAUGGAGUGCGAGGAUAAACUGUUGUUAACAUUGAUGAGACUGCGACACAACUUUGGUCUUAAAGAUCUGGCUUUUAGAUUUGCUAUCUCCACUCAAGCAGUGAUUUGCAGAACAGGAUGCGAACCUCUGGCAUACCGUGAAACGUUGUAAGUUCGCAAGUCCCUGUCGCAGAUGGAAGAAACUUGUAAACUAGGCCUGCUGCACAUCAGAUCUUGUCACUCUUAGAUAUUGAAGAAUGGAGGAAGGGUAAUACUAUAUAAUUUGGGAAUGGGGCAUGGGGUAAUAAUGUAUUGAUGAUUUGUUAUCAAAACAGAAUUAAUGCUUUGUCCUUAAAAAGAGGACAAAAGGGAGGGAUAAAUGUCUAUGUUAUGCCUUUAUGUAAGCUGCUAUUCACUUCAUUUGCAGGACUUGGAUGAGUGCAUUAAAGGAAUAAUUAAAUAUAAUUAAUAUGACUCAUGUUUUAGACUUUUUAUUUCUUCACUGUAAACAGUACAUUUAGGAACAAAUGUUUUGAAUAGGGCCUACUCCCUUGUUUUUAUUUGGAUGUAAUCGCACAGUACAGCAACAGAUGUCGGAGAUGACUGUUAACG